GUAGAUGAAGAACCAUUUAAAAUGAUAAACGCAUACCCUAUUCAUAAUAUAUGUAACUGGAAGGAUUUAAAUUCGAAAUUUAUACUAACGACCUACAGGGAUUUUAUUUUAACCGGUAAUCAGGAUAUGUUGAAAGAUUUUUGGCCGUCUAUCAAAGAGGUUUUAGAAUACAGUCUCGCUUGGGAUACCGAUCAGGAUGGUCUCAUAGAGAAUAGUGGUUUUCCAGAUCAGACGUAUGAUACUUGGGUAAUGAAUGGCCCUAGCGCUUACUGUGGAAGUUUAUGGUUGGCCGCACUUUGCUGUUCUCUUGAAAUUGCUAAAAUAUUUAAUGAUACUCAAUUUAUUAAAAAGUACACGGAGAUAUUAAAAAAAGGCAAGGAUGCAUUUCAGGAUAAAUUGUGGAAUGGCAAAGAUGGUAAUCAAGGAGCAGUUAAUGGAUUUCUCCCGAGUGGUCGUAUCGACACGAUGACUCUCCAAAGUGAGGAAAUGUGGACUGGUGUUAGUUAUGCACUUGCCGCUUUAAUGAUACACGAGGACAUGGUCGAGGAAGGUUUACGUACAGCAGAAGGAGUAUAUCGAACAGUCUGGGAGCAAAUAGGGUUAGCUUUUCAAACACCUGAAGCACUUUAUGAAAAAGGUGGAUAUCGAUCUGUUGGUUACAUGAGACCUUUGUCUAUUUGGGCUAUUCACCAGGCAUUUACCUAUAAAAAACAAAUUUCCAGUGAUGUUGAUGAUACUAAACUC